AUGGUCCUUAGUCAUCGCGACCUUGCUUUGGCAGGCGCCGGUGGUUUUAUUGCCUGGGGCUUCGCGGUUCACUGGCUGCCAAUCCUCCGGUAUCUAGGAUAUGCCGUGACCUUGGGCGCCGUGUUGACGGCUGUGGGUCUCUUAGGCCUUGUGCUUUUGACCAUCCGACAACACAAUGAAAAGGCAAAUCUCACCAAAAACGUCUCGGUCGCUUUCAUACAGCCCCAAAAUUGGCGCAAGGAAGUGCUUCAUAUCCGCAGAGGCACUCGAUACCGACCCCGACCACUAUACCCUCAAUCGUUCGUCGUGUCGGAAGGCUUAGAUGAACUCUUGUCCUUCAUUACUCGAGACUUUGUCUCAUCGUGGUACCACAAUAUCAGUCCGAACCCCACAUUCGCCAAUGAGAUUGAUCGAACCAUCCGUGUUGCUCUCGAAAGCUUCCGGGACAGGUUGGUUGCAGAGGACCUGGUUUCAUUGGUAGUAUCGCGAGUCUUUCCUAUCUUGACAACGCACCUCAAGGAAUUCGACAUUGCAGAGCGUUCAGUUCGGGGACGUAAUUUGAGCCGAAAUGUGACAGAAUCCGAGGAACUAGAUCUUGCCGUUGCAAACAAGUACCGCGAAGGUCGUUUACACCCAGCAGUUGCACUUUCAUUAUCAGACCAGAAGUCUGUUCAACAAGAAUAUCUACGAAAGAUAGCAGUGGGUCUCUUACCCCAGUUGUUUCCAGAAAAUGUGCUGAAAAGCCGAAUUGUAUCUGUUUUAAUUCGCGAAAUCAUAUCCUGCGCUGUGCUUCUCCCUAUAGUCACAGCCCUGUCAGACCCAGACACAUGGAACCAAUUGGUGGAAGCCUAUGGCCGCACAGCUCUGCAAGAUCGGAAGACCGUUCGCAAGUUGCGAGCCGCCUUGGAUCAACAUGCAUCGCCUGCACCAAAAUCUAAAAGGGGGCAGCCAUUCCCCCGAUUGUCUGCAAAUGAUUCCGAGAGAGCAUUUGAAAGAUUCGUCCGAGCAAUCAGGAAAUGUAACAAUCUCUCUGAUGCACGCCGAUUCCGUGCCCUCGUUACUAGUCAGCUGAAACGGGAGAGCACAGUGGAGGGACAAGACCAAGUCUACUUGAGACGCCUGGAGACCGGAAAAAGAGUGCUUGAUCAGAAAGUGGCCAACCUUGCUCAACCUGGUGGGAGAUCCCACAUCCCUCCGGCUCUCGAUCUUCGACCCGAGAGGCCACUUUCCACCCAUGAACAACCCCUGGUAGACGUGAUGCAUAAUGCAUCCGGGCUUUCCUAUUUCAUGGAGUUCAUGGACAGACAAAAAUUGAUGUCCCUUGUUCAAUUCUGGAUCGUUGUUGAUGGGUUCCGUAACCCUCUGGAAGAUGACUUUGGAGAUGUAACCUCGCCUACAACAGUGACAUGGACAUCAGCAGACAGGAACGACUUGGCGCUCAUCAGUGAAACCUAUCUCUCGAAAACAGAGCUCAAGGUUUCAGACGAAUCUCGCCGAGCCGUCAAAGCUUUUUUGGGCGCAGGGAAGCGUGCGACCUCUGAACAGUACCGCAAAGCACGGAUGGUGGUGUUGACCACCCAGUCUGCUGUUUUAGAGCACCUCCAAGAGGUUCAUUAUCCUAAGUUCAAAGAGUCUGAUCUAUACUGGAAGUAUCUUGCGUCCGACGAAGCCGCCAAUUCUCAGACACCAGCUCAAUCUUCACCGAUAUCAGUUACCUUUGAAGCACCCGAGAGACGACCCCUUCCUCCUUUGCUGUCGCGAACAUCCUCUCAGCCGGGAAUGAGAUCUUCGAAGGAUCUUCGCCGAGCUGCUGUCUCUUCCAGUGAUGUGCGAGGAAUGGGAAAAUUGUUCGAUGACGAUGAUUCACCCCGAAGAUCGAUAGACUCGGAAAGAUCUGCCCUUUUUGACGACGACUACGACACUGACAAUCUUGCUACAUCCACUCACAGCUUGGGUAAAGAUUCUCAGAAUGGCGAGAAUGAUGUCAGCCAAAGCCAGGUCCUUGAAACAAUGGAGGCGGCGCUGAAUGACAUAAUUACCAAUGAACCGAAAAACGGAAAGAUAGAAGACCUCAAAGGAGAUCCAUCUGGGUUAUUCGGACCAGAGCGUUCGAUCAUUUCGCCAAACAAUUCUUCCGAAAUCUCCCAAAUGGAAAGCCGCAGCAACGAAAAGAUGAGAAAAAGCAUCGCAUCGCUCGGCCUGGUUGACCAUGCAUCCCGUAUGGGUGUCUUUGAUGAUGACUUGUUUCCGGAUCAGCAGAAAUUCAUCGAAGAUGAAUACGAGGAGCCAGACGGUGCCGACGAGAAGGAUCCGGCCGAUGAAGUUCACGAAGCUGCACCGGGUGAUCUUGGUCUGACGGAAGCUAUUGAGGCCCUCUCUGUAGACAUUGACAAGCUCGCGUCUCAAGAUUCUGUAGUUGAGGCUUUGACUCGCAAGGCUGAAUUGACAAACAACACUGCCGAGUUGAGGAUCCUACGGAAGUCCAAGGCUAGCAUCCAGCGUGAAAUGCAUCGCAAGGAAAUGCAAAGACAACAGUAUAUUCUUCAGGAAAGCGACAAUAGCUUGUUCGGGCGAUCAAGUGUCAGCCUCAAGUCAACUGUUGUGGGGAAGGAAGAAGAUGAUGGUCGUGAAUUUGCAAUGUACGUCGUGGAAGUCAAAAGAAAUGCUGGCGAACAAAUGCCUGCAGCGUCUUGGGUUGUAGCACGGCGAUACAGUGAAUUCCAUGAUCUUCACCAAAAGCUUCGCCAGCGCUAUCCCUCGGUGCGACAUUUGGAGUUCCCUCGUCGGCGCGUCGUCAUGAAAUUACAAAAAGAGUUCCUCCACAAACGACGACUCGCCCUCGAAUCAUAUCUACGUAACCUUCUCCUCCUACCUGAAGUCUGCCGCAGCCGUGAUCUACGAGCAUUCCUAUCCCAACGCGCAAUUCUCCCGCACAAAGAAAACACCACCCGCGACAAUGAAGGCGAAACCAAAGACCUAGUUACGCGCAUCUAUAACUCCGUUGCAGACGGAAUGGACGACUUCCUGGGCAACUUCGGUGUCUUAGAUCAACUCUCAACCGCAGGACAAAAUCUCAUAUCAGCCGCAACCCAACAAACAAGCAUCACCAUAACCCCUGACUCGAGCCUCGCAACUGAAGAUGCAGUCACAGCCGCAGAGGCAGAGGCAGAACUCAACGCCUUCGAAGAUCGAGAGCUCGAACCCUUCAUAAAACCAAUCUGUGACCUCUUCCUUGAAGCCUUCGAGUUGAACCGUGGCAACAAUUGGCUGCGUGGUCGUGCAGUCGUCGUUGUACUACAUCAACUCCUUGGUGGGACUAUCGAGCGCAAAGUUCGCGAAGGAGCUCGCGGGUUCACGCAGGACGACUCGCUUCUGCGGUAUCUCUCGCUCGCCCGUGAUACGAUGUGGCCUGGUGGUGUUCUCCGCAAAGUCCCACCACGUUCAGCGGUCGACCGGCUUAAGAGCCGUGCUGAGGCGACGGUCGUUUUGGCUACUCUGAUUCCAGACUUGGCUGGUAAUGUGGUUGGUAGAGCGAAUGCUCAGGCUGCUGCGCGGCGAAUCUUCGCUACACUCAAUAAUCAACCUCUGAACACUCAUCUAGUAUUCACGAUGCUCGAUGAGAUUGUUCAAGUCCUUUUCAGCGCUAAUCCUAACCGUCCUCGUUGA